CAUGCGGCACGGGCGGCCCUAGGCUGCCCGCCGGCCGCAGCAUGCCGGUCCCUCUGCGCCUGGCGUGGCUGUUCUGGCUCUGCAGCCUCUGCCGCGGGUACUUUGAGGGGCCGCUGUACCCCGAGAUGUCCAACGGGAGCCUGCACCACUACUUCGUCCCCGAUGGGGACUACGAGGAGAACGACGACCCCGAGCGGUGCCAGCUGCUGUUCCGGGUGAGCGAGCAGCGGCGGUGCGGCGCGGCGGCGGGCGGCGGGCUCAGCCUGCGAGAGGAGCUGACGGUGUUGGGGCGGCAGGUGGAGGACGCGGGCCGGGUGCUGGAAGGCAUCGGCAGGAGCAUCUCCUACGACCUGGACGGGGAGGAGAGCUACGGUGCCUACCUGCGCCGCGAGUCCGCCCAGAUCAGCGACGCCUACUCCAGCUCGGACCGCUCGCUGAGCGAGCUGGAGGGCAAAUUCCGCCAGGGGCAGGAGCAGGGCGGCCGGGAGGAGUUCCGUCUGGGCGACAGCUUCCUGGGGCUGCUGCUGCACGCCCGCGCCCUGCUUCGCGAAACCCGCCACGUCUCCAGCGGGCUGCGCGACAAGUACGACCUGCUGGCCCUCACCGUCCGCAGCCACGGCGCCCGCCUCAGCCGCCUCAAGAACGAUUAUCUCCGCGCUUGAGACGGGACCUCCCGCCCGGCCGGAGCCCCUGCCCCAGCUGAACCCGGACCCCCCGUCAGCUUCGAGAGAGACCCCCAGCCCUACCGCCCGUCCCCCGGAAGACACAGCCCUAACGUCUGCCUGGAAGGAGCACCUCCUUGGAUAAAUCCUAAGAAGUACUAAGGUCGGAAAAGGCCUUCAAGAUCGAGUCCAACCUUUGACUGAAUACCACCACGCCCACUAAACCGUAUUGAGAAGUGCCACAUUUACUCGCUUUUGAACACUUCCAGGGAUAGUAACUGAAACAAAAUACAUUCUUCUUCGUGGAAAAACCUUAUUUAUUUUACCUUCUAAACAAAUAGCACAAUUCUGUAAAUCAGGAGGCUCGAGGUAUGUUUAAGUUAAUAUCCCAUACUCUGUUGUAUCGUUCAUGUUUGGUUGCAAAAUGAAGCUUUCUCAUCUCUGAUUCCCUGCUUGCUUUUGUAUCACCUGUUCUGCUGUGGCUCACCUGCCCUAAGUGUAGUUGAAGUGAGGUGCUGGCCAGCUCCUUCCAGACUCCUGUAAUAGCAAAUACUUAAAUUGCUUUUGUUGUUAGUCCUUCAGGGUGAAACCUCUGGCCCUCUAUUAACUUCCUUUCUAAUGAUAUGUACUAUAUGCUCGUUACACGUUGUAUCACUACACAAAGCUGUGAUUUUCAUUUGUGUUUGGAAAGAUGGGAACUGUUCUGGCAGGAUUUGUACUUCCAGGUUUGCUUAUCUGUGACUAAGCUAUCAUAACCCUAAGAAGCAGUCAAAAAGGCUUAUGUCAGAUCCUGAGAAUGCUGGUGGAGAUUUUUCUAGCAAAAAGAAUGAGCCCUAGUGGCGAUCAGAGUUUUGGAUCCCAGAUUUGAGAGCCAGGAACAUGUUUCUAAAGCAGACAAAAAGGUUUUGUCUGUGCAAGCACAUUGACUUUUCUUGUUGGUGACUUUGUACUUUUGCUAGCUAAGUUAUUAUUUUGCUAGCUAAGUUAUUAAUAAAACUUUGUGGUCCUGGACAAUAGCAAAAGUGCCUCGUGGGAAGGAGGGUGGGGAUUAUUUGGGUUUUUAGACUCAUUGCUAUUUAACUGACAAUUUGGGGUAAUGUGGCUGUUAGGUUAUAGAUACUGCCAGCAGAAUACCUGUUUGGAUGAAAAGAGUUUAUAGGUUGUUAUAAUAAAUAUUUGAAAACAAUUUUUGUAAUUAGUUUCCGACAUGCUCUUGAUUUUAAAAUGUUCUGUUGAAAUGUGUCUUUUCAGCAAAAAAUUGAAAGUUUGUAGACCCUGCCAAGUGAAAUAACUUGCUUUUUAGUAAAAAACAAAUAAAAAUUUACAAACUCAUGAGGUAAGCAAGUUUCAUUAAAAGCAACAAUACAAAAGGGCUUGUGCCGCAGACUUUUUUGAGUUUUAAGCCUUUUUAAGCACUCAUGGCACUGGAAGAGAAACUUACGUACUUUUGAGAUGUUUUCUUGUUAACCCUGUUCCCAUUUAGUUAUACUUUAGUCUGCAAACCGUUCAGUGGGUAAGUUACUCAGCAGUGCAGUGGGUCAACAUAAGUCAGCUUGGACUAGAGUGCUGAAGGCACCAGGAAAGUCUCAUGAAAGUAGGUGCUUACAGAACUAGACAGCUCAUUUUGCUGAAGGCAGUGAAGUGUAGCCUACUAGCAAGAUACUUUAGAUGUCACUCUGCAUUUUUAAGUCUUUAAAGAUUUGGUGAGAAAAAAAAAAGGAAACAUUUUAUUGGUUGACUCUGGUGGAACCACUCAGUGUUAUUUUUCUGUUCUCAAGUUAGAAAGUAUAUAGCAAGUUCUAGCUCUUAAAAAUUAAUUUAUUUGUGAUACUUUCCUUGCCACUGGGCAUGGAGGGCACAACACAAGAGUGAGCUGAGUCACUGAGUCUUGUGUGCUCACUAUCUUAGCAAAACAUAGUAUCAUUUCUGGGCUGGACCAAGCUCCAGAAGUGCCUGAGACCAGUCCUCCUCCAAAAGUGUCAUGCAGUUCCAUUUGUGCCCAGAGACUUCUUAAAGAAGUUGUAUUCUCUUUUUAACCCACUUGGAGGAGUCGUUUGCUAUAACAUGAAUUGUAAACAUCAGCAAAUGAACAGAAGUGGCAUGACUAUGCUAUUUUUUAAAGUAUAUGAGAGCCAGUAUUCAAAUCAUAAUAGAAAAAAUAAUAGUAGCAGUAGUAAUAGCAGUAGUAGUGUAAAACAGCUUCUUGAAUAUGCUUUAAGCAGCUUGACUGUUCUAUUUGCAAUGUCAAAUGUUUGGUCAAGCCGAAACUAUUCCAAUGUAUGCAGCAUACCAAAAGAGUAAAUGUUUCCAGAAUGCUUACUUUUCAAAGCAGAAGAUGUGUGAGUUUUUACAGUAUAGCAUUUCCACUCAAUAAUUCACUCAAUGCCCUGUAAAUUGUCAUCUAAUGAAACAAGACUGUGGUGCUUUACAAUUCACACUAAUGUUUCAUAUGAUAAAUAUGAAUUCUUGACACUUUUUUAUGUUUCAGUAAAAUAUAAACUUCUUUGUAUUUGAAAUAUGGCAGAAUUCUGAUUUUGUUUCAGUAGCAUUGAUUUUAGAAGGCUUUAAAUGGUCCUUUCAAGGAGAAAAUGAAGAUAUCUGAGUCUGGUCUAUGUAUAAAAUUUAAUAAAAACGGUCAGCCUUAGGUGGAUUUGAUGAAGCCAAUAAAAAAAACCUUUUAGGACAUUUAAAUCAACUAGAGUUUGAUUUACAUAAUUUUGGCUGACCUAAGAAAACAUUUAUGUCAAAUAUAUAAUUUUUGAGCCAGAGCUGAUACAUUAAAUGUUUUUUAUAGAGCUGCCUGCAAGAACUGAGUGCUUAGUGAUAUUCAGGCAUUUAAGUUUUAAAUUAAUUUUUUUCUUAAAAACUAUGAAAACUAUAUUGCAAUACUCUUUGCAAUUUUAUAAAUGUCUUGCUUUUGCUUUUUAUCUGAUAAAACUUGUUUGGAAGGUAUGAAGAUCCCCUGGAAUCUGUAUCUUCAUACAGCCUAUUUUAAAUAGUAAAGGCCCUUUUAUCAUUGAAAAUUUGGUAAUUAUUUUUAAGCAGGGAACUUUAAAAGGUAUGAUUGUAGCAGCAGUCAUCCCCAUUAUGUCCUUCUCUUAUUUUAAAAUGUUGCAUUGGUACUCAAUUCAUUUUUCUUUUCCAGAAUGAAGAAGUUCGAGCUAAAAUUGAGCUGACGGGGAUUUUUUUUGUAGUUUUCUGAUGAUUUUCAAAACAUGUAUUAUUUCUGAAUUUAUAAAGACUGGAUGGUACUGAAGAGCAAAAGACUAUUUUCUGGGGAAAAAAAUAUGCUGCAGCUGGAACAGUCAUAGAGAGAUUACUUAAUACCUAAGUUUUCCAUCAAGAGGAAUACGUUGCCCAGAGGUGUGGAUGCUCCAUCCUUGAAAGUUUUCAAGGCCAGGCUAGAUGGAGCUCUGAACAACCUGGUCUAGUGGAGGGUAUCUCUACCCAUGGCAGGUGGAUUGGGAUGAGAUGAUCUUUAAGGUCCCUUCCAACUCAAAGCAUGUCUCUGAUUAGAGUCAAAGCAAGCCACUAAGGGACUCACCCUUCAUUUCUCUCCAGGUAGCUCAUUUUUGAAGGCAGUGCUCUGAUGUGGACAUUUUCACAUCCACUGAUACACACAGAACAGAAGCAAGCUCAGAGCAUGCACCAAACCAUUAAACAAAAGCUUGAGAAAAAAAAGUGUACUUGCCUUGUGCCAAGUAAUGACUAGGAAUUCAACGGGGAGUGUGCAAACUGGAUUUCAGAACUGCAAUUUUCCAGUUUCCACUGCAAUUUUCCUGGGUUGACUUACCCAGGACCAUCCUUGUAAAGAGAAGUCAAGGGAAGCUUUCAAAAACUUGGCGAGCCUUUAAAAAACCGUAUGUGUACCAAGCUGGGGUUUAUGAAUUGUCUGAGAUGAAAUUGUUGCUCCUAUAGGUUGUCAUGUACUCAGAUGCAGUUUGGCAAGAUGGAAACUUCAUAAGCAAAAAAAUAUACCUGGCUUAGUUACUACAAGCACCUUGUGAGGUAUAGAGCUCUGGUUAUAAUCUUGUCUAGGAAAUGUGUAUUUUAUGGAUUAAUUCUGUUGGAUGUAUCUAUCACUGUUGGUGUUGCUGUUUAUUUAGAUGGUCUUCAUGUUGCUUUACCAGUUUCUUGCUCAUGCUUCUUGAGUAUUAAUUUUAUGAUUAUUAAAGAACUUUUCAGCUAA